UUGUCCAUCAAGCAACAUGUGUGUGUGUGUGUGUGUUUUGUAUUGUCUCUAUUCUUAGACGAAGAUUGUCAUCUGUCUUUCUCAUUCUCCGCGCCCGUCGCUGGUUUGGGCGGGGAAUAUGGAGCGAGGAAGGGAUUUACAUGCAGAAAUGGUACUAAAAAAUGCCUCUCUACUCGCUCCAGGAAGCAUCCAAGAAAAAGCGCCGUCGCUCCGGGACUAUGACAGAAAAAUGAUACUCGUCCAACAUUACAAAGCAGAAAGCCUUCCCGAAACCUCGCUCUUGAUGCUUGAAAUUGACAGACUUGUUGGGGCCUUGGGGUCCCCAAAGUUGACCGCGAGAGACUAUGACCACCCCCGUUUCCCGCUCGCACUCCGCUUCCCAAUCGAAACAAAUAAAAUAUCAGGGGAGGAAGUUCUUUUUGUGAAAGACAAUGCGUCCUCCAUGACCCCGCCUUGCUACGCAAUCAUCAUCCAUCCGGCCCAACGGGCAAUCCAUCUGCAUUCCGCUAGGCGUCCUGGCCCAACGGCCAAGUCCUCAUCUAUCCGUCCAUUCGUGUCCACGUGUAAGUCGUCUCAUUCUGCUUAGACGGAUCUCUCGCAGUUCGUAUGUCGGAGACGCACAAUCAUCCAUUAGAGAAGUGUUCAAACCAAAGCAAAGAGAGAUCUUGGCCGCUGAGAUGCAGAAAAUGACGCGGUCGUCGUUGUCUGGCUCCUUGAAAGGGAACAUGCACAACGAUCCUUCUCUAUAAUGUAAAUGAUAUGUGUUUGGGAAAUGUCCACAAGGCAAGGCUCC